AUGGCAAGGUCAGGUCAUUCCACUCGCUUGUCUCCUGGAAGACAUAGGGCACAUCAACCCCAGACACAGAAGCUCACAGAAACCGAAAUUUUCGAGCUGAAGAAUUACCUUCCUGAGUGGACUUCUGCAAAAAGGAGCAAGAAGUGGGCAGUUUUCACUGCAAUUGCCAGGGCUGCCAGGUUGUUUGCGCCAAAGGUGGACCAAGGACAAUGGAAAAAGAGGAAGCAGAUGUACAAGACUUGGUUGUUCAACAACAAGAAAAAGAAGGAAAGGAAGGACAUGAUAAAGUAUGGGAGGAAAUGGAUGCCUAGGAUGGUGAUCUACCAGGAGAAUCAGGAAGAGGUGCUGAAGAGAAUCGAGGAUGAGUCCAGGGCAAAGCCAGGAGAUCCUGGUAUGUUCAAGCAUUAUCAGGCGGCUGUGAAGAGAGUCAUGGCUGAAUUGUCCAAUGACGAGUUGGAGAAGGCGAAAGAAACUGCCAAAGAAUGGUCCAACAACUGUCCUCCUCCCGAGAUACAAGCACAGGUCGCCCGUAAGAAGGGACCUGCAUAUAUGGAGCACUUUUUAACAAUGCGGGAUGGGAGUGUUUAUCUUUCAACCCAAUAUAUUUCACACAGGCAUGAUGAUAACAAGGCAUUAGGAGAUGGGGACAGCUUCAUGAAGACAAAGGACUGGGAGGACAUUGAGCCGGUGUGGCAGGAGUAUGUGCAGGAACAGUUCGGAUGGGAUGCCAGUUGCUCCCUGGACAUCACUGAAACAAAACUCGAGGAGAAGAAGGCCAUAGUCAGGGCUUUUCUCACAUCGCACUAUUGGAUUUGUUUGGGGAUCGACAAGGCAGUAGUGCCAUGGAGCACCAUCCUUCAAUGCCAGGAUGACUUUGUGUCACGAAGAUAUCUUCCAGCGGAUGUCGACUUGAAGGAGCCUUCCAAGUUGCAAAAUUGGGACAUGACAGCCCUCCUCAAUUUCUGGUAUGCUCGGCAGGAGAAAGGCGAAGGAUCAACAUUCACAUUCAAAGCAUGGAAGAACAAAGAUGGCGACAUGGUAGCAUCGGUCGUAUCAGGCAGGUUGCCUUCCCAUCGGACAGAUAAAGUCAAAAACACGCAAAGGGUAAUCAUCCGAAGCCCUAGGGAUUCAUCCUCCGAACCUGACAGUGAUUUUGGGAAUGACACUCAUCAUAUGGAUGAUGAUGAUGAUAAUGAUGAUAAUGACUCAGCUGAUGGUAGAUCACCAAAAAAGAGAACCAGAACUGGAGAAGGCCCUUCAUCAUCACAUGCAGAGACGGCAAUCCCACUGUCAAUUCCGAAGCCUUGCCCUGUCAAGCUGGCAAAACAUGGUGCACUGCUGACAUCGUGA